AUGUCACAAUACUCCACCAUGACGACCAGGGAGAGAAAAAUGCAGGCCGCGGCGAUCUGCAGGGAGUUUCAAGCCCAGGAAGGUAGCCAUAUCAGUUCCUCUUCACUUCCUAACAACCUAGCGCCUGUGAGAUCUCUGUUUCCCUCUCGUCCUCAAGUUGCAUCCUCCAUCUGCUUCUGUUUCUGUCUCUACCUCUUCUCACAUCCUGCUUAUUUCAUCCCUUUGAUUUAACACCAUAACUAAGAGUACACAUUUCAUUCUCAGACAGAUUUGUUCCCACCCUGUUUGACACACAUGUGCAUUAGACCCUGCUGUCUGAGCCCACCAUUUCCCAGGGCAGCAGUUGCCAACCCUCCCUUCUAUGAACCCUACUAUAAAUACUAUAUUGAAUACAUUUAUGGGCCAAAGUAACUAAUCCCUUUGUCGUUAUACUUUGACCAAGCUAUUUUAGGGUUAGGCCAACUGCGUGGCUCAAGAUAGGGAGGGUCUGAAGGCUACUGACAGCUGAGAGAUAUUCUGGCAAAUUAUGUGACUCACACUUGGAUACAGGCCUGUGACAUCUCCAUGAUCAGCAUGCAGUAGCUAGCACGCAGCGCUAACCACAAAACAAGCACCGGGCAUGAGUGGAUUACAAGGGGAGAUAAUUCCUCGUUCAUCAUAUUGGCAGGAGUACCAAGUCAGCAAUCCAUGUAAGAGCUUUUUUGCUGCAGUAGGGCUGUUUUAUGUGUGUGGUUUGAUGAGAUGGAGAAUAGGUAAUCAGAUCAAUUUUCAAAAAUAUAUUGUGUACACAAGCUUUUUAGCAUGACAGCGAAUAGAUGUAUAUAAACUCUUUUAAUUUUGUCUCCUGUGUCCAGAUGUGGAGAUGGAUCUCGGGAAGAAAGUGAGCAUGCCUAAGGACAUCAUGCUGGAUGAGCUAUCCUUCGCCUCGAACCGGGGCUCCAGGCUCUUCAAAAUGCGCCAGAGACGCUCCGAAAAGUACACUUAUGAAAGCAUCCAGAAUAAAAACAACAAGCAGCUCAAUGUAAGCACAAAGUCAGAUGGAUGGUUUCAGGUUUUGGAGCAGCACAAACACUGAACAAAAUGACAGGAUAUCAAUUUCAAAGCCUGAGCUUCUCAAUACGACCAUAUACUCACUUCGAUAAAGGUGUUAUUUGAACAUUGUCACACUACUUGAGUGUGUUUGUCUUUACACAGCCGUGCCCCCUCCACUCCAUCACAUAAAAAAGAAAAUAUGAGCACAAUACCUUACAUCCUGACAGAGUAUAUGUGGAAAAGAUUAAGUGCUUGAAGUGUUUAUUUGACUCGUGCUGCAAACACAGAGUGCUAUAGUCGUCCAGCUGGUCAUAAGUAGCUUUAUUAAUUCCCCUUUUGUAUAUGAACUGGAGCUGUGCCAAGUUAGCGUUUUCUUUUCCCAGCAGCACUUAUCUUAACUUGAUCUGGUCACACAUUCAACAAUUCAUGUACCGAAGCUCUUAGUAAAAUCAAAUCAAGAUAAAAUCACCAAGUGUGUCUUUGUUAUAUCUCAUUAAUUAAGGACACUGGUGAUAUCCUCUUUCCUUUUAGUUGUGGUACCCUUGUGUACUUUUCUUUGCGCUUUUCAAGUCCACAGAUAAAAUAAUUAUUAAGCUCCAGGGGAAUUUUUUUUACCCUCCUCAUCUUUGAAGUGAGAGGGACUCACAUAUCUUUGGUUUGUUUAUUGCUCGAGGCAACGGAGGGAUUUUGUUUCAAGUUGUCAACAUUUCCUGAGGAAGUCCUGGAGUAAGUCAUCAUAAAUAUGUUUCAGAGGGGAUGAAAGCUGGCUGCUCAGGCUGCAGUUUUAUUUCUUCCCGGCUCUCCAAAACAAUGUCUCUCAUGUAAAGGGAAAAGUGUGCACACAAAUGAUUUUUCAGCUUGUUCUAACUGUGGGAAAACACGUAAAAAGGCAAUCAAGGUUAACUGCUUCGACUCAGAGAGGAAAGAGACAGGAAUCUGCCACGCUACUUUAGAUGUGUUUAAUGUGCAUGUAAGUCGCAUUUUCCACUUUAAAUAUAAAAAUAUGGAAAUGUCAGAUUGAGUUAAGAGAGCUAUUUUCCCCAUCUGUCAUUAAAAACAUCUAAGAUGUAAUGAGAUGCUAAAUUGUAAUUAGCUUCACCACAUGGUCAAUGUAAUUGCUGUGACAGGAAAGUGGAUAGAGCAGGAAACUGGGAGAGAAAGAGGGGGAGUAGAUUCUGCAAAUAAUCUCUGUUUACUUAUGUGAUAUAAAAAUGUAGGUGUUGUCCUCCAGGUUCUGAUUUUUCAGUAUGGGAGGUAUCCUUUGUAGUCCAACUAGUACUGACAGAUAGUGUGUCAGGCCUAGGUGCAUAUGGGUAAAACCUGUAUGGAGAGCAAAAGCAGAUGUAACACACACUUAAAGCACCAAUAUCUUCAUGCUAGUGUAGACUACUUGUAAAACAUCAGAAAGUGAUGCGACAAAUGUAGUUUAUUGUCUUCUUAAAAAUCAUAAUCAUGUUGUAACAGCAAAUAUGAAAUCUAUGAAUAAUAAGAAUCUCACAUGAAAAUAGUUUGGUAACACUUUAAUUGAUGCCUAUCUCUAUAACGCAUCAUAAAUAUAUGUAUAAUGUGUUAUAAUCUGGUUAUAGCUCUGUAUAACUAUAGUUAUAAACACUCAUUAAUAAUCAUGCUUUAUAGCAAUAAUCAUAAAACAUAAAAGCAUUUUAUCAUGACUUACGAGUUCAGGCAUUAUAAUAUGUUAUUGCUUGUUGUUAUAAAGCCUUAUGAUAAUUGAGUGUUUAUAACAGUUACACAAGUUUAUAAGCAUAUUAUAACACAUAAAUAUAUGUAUAAUGCAUUAUCUAUGUUGGCAUUGUCAGUGAGUUCUUAAUAGUUAUAACACAUUACAAUACCUGAACUUGUAAGUCAUGAUAAAAUGCUUUAUAAUGUGUUAUGAUUAUUGCUAUAAAGCAUUAUGAUCAUUUAUGAGUGUUUAUAACUAUAGUUAUACAGUGCUAUAACAUGAUUAUAAUGCAUUAUACAUAUAUUUAUAAUGCUUUACUUGACACCUAUCUCCAUAAAGUGUUACCAAUAGUUCUCUUGUUCAGCUUUCAGAGUGAAUUAUCUGUGUGUUAUAACAUGGGUUGACUCCAAAUGAUUGCUGGAAUAGCUGGUGGAUUCAAAUCUGUUUGCUGGAAAAAACAAAUGUGAUACUCUGCCAAUAACGUCCAGCAACUCUCCUCCUCUGCUCUCUAGUGCCCUAAAUGAUCAAAUGCAGGUUAAAGUGCUCAAAAAGUUAAAUAAAUGCCAAAGAAAAUUUGGCAGCUCCUAUGCUGUAGAAAAGAAAAAAUCACUCUCAAGAUGCACCAAACUUUGAAGAACUUUUCUUUUCAGAUCAACUCACCACUGUGAUCUUUCUUUCAGGACACAGAGGUCUGUCAAACCGAAAAUGGAAAUGCCACAGACCACCAGACUGCCGAGAACAACUUGGAAGCUGAACAAGCACCAGAUACAAAAGUUGUGCCAAAUCCAGACAGUAUCGCCCCGGGUAGGUGACACUGGUGAUACAAUGUUCCCGUGUACGGGAACACCAAUACAUUUAGAGGAGCCAAAACCAUUACAGUGGUGAUAUAAUGUAGCCAAAGCUGGAAUAACAGACCGGUUGGCCUCUAUUUAACUCAGUGACCUUACUUAGUCUCCUUUCAGAGUGCCAGUUCCUGUUCUAAAGUUUAGCCUUAAGCAGUGUUUGUUAUCUUGAGUUUUUACUCUUAGAUUUGACAAAGUUUAAGCUUCAUUCUCUUCUCUUUGUUUGAAAGAUUUCUUGUAUCAUAAGACAUGGUUCUGCUCCUGGAGGAGGAGCUCUGUUUUGAUAAGGAUUGAACUGAUUCUCGUUGUUUGUACUCACACAGGCUUUGAUCACGUAGGGAAACGUUUCCCGGGUAUCUGCUCGCCUCAGGCAGAAAACGAUUACAUGUUAUUCCUCAACCUUCCCUCUCUUUCUUUCUAUCUUUUUUCCCCACUCCUUUGUUUUUGUCUCCUCCUCCUCCUCCUCCACAUACUCUCUAUAUCCUCUUAUUCUGUACCUGUUUUCUUUGCUCUUUGUCCUUACAAUCUGCUCUGACCAUCUUCUCUAAAAAAUUGUUGAGUUUACCCACAGGGAAGUAUUUCCUGUUUGCCUCUCGUGCCACUGAUACCAUCAGCUUUGCUCUCACAUCCUCCCCUCGUGUCUCAAUCCUGCCUGGUUGACACAAAACCAGUUCUGAUUUAGGGAUGAGUAUAUGUCUGGUCUGUACAGGGUUGGGGGAUUAUUUUUGGACCCCAGGACCAGACACCACCAUACAGUGUCUGAAUGAAGUCACUCCAGCUGUAAGGGGAAUCAGGCCAAAGUGCGUUAGGUAUCGAAUGGUAAGAAGUCCUAAAAUAGCACACAUGUCCACCCCUGGGUGCAUGUCAGAUAUCUCCUGCAAAUUAUUUUUACCAGGCUUCAUUGAAACUUUUCACUUGUCUAAGAACUUUAAUGGUCAUAAUUUUCAGAUUAUAUGCUGAGGUAUGAAAAGCUUUUGGCAAAAGUUGGUGUGGUGUUAUGUAAGUCUGAUAACUGUCAAACUUUCUCAUGCUGUUUUUAAAUCAAAGCCUGGGAAAUAUCAAAUUCAUCUUUUAUUAUCAGAUCAUAUCUUUCAGUGAGGCCACAAUUUAAUGCUUUAGAAGUCUAGAAAACCCCUAAAUGUGCAAAAAUCCUCCUCUUCGGCUCGGAUGCUUUUAGGAUCCUUCUUUCAUUUCCACACAGAGCUGGGUGUGUGACAGUCCUCUCCCACAAGAAUAUCGACUCAGCCAAAUGUCCAGCCACACUAACAAUAUUUCACCAGCCUCAGAAAAUCUUUUACUCAAUGUUUUGUAAUAGAUUCCCCAACAAAAAAAUAUCUGUAAACUUCCCCCUGCAGGUCUGUUUGGUCUCUCCUGCUUCCUCCUCAAAGCAAAACAUAAACUCAGGAAGGGGGAUUGUUCAUUGUGAGAGGUUAGGACGUGACACGACGCCCUGUGUUAUGUAAUGCUCGGGCCUGCAAGCCCCCCCUGAGUGAGGCGCUCAGUUUGAAGAAUAGUGCUUUGGAAAGGCCUCUCCAGUUAACACACGUGGAGUACGCAAGGAGAUGUACAAUCAGGUGUGCACAUGCACUUUCUCAGAAACACGGGGAGCUGUCCUUUAAUUUUCUUAGCUGUGAACAUUAUUCAGGGAUAAAGGGCUGAGGGGUAGGAAGUGGGAGGUCAUGCAAAUUUGACUACCCAGACGGCUGUGAAUGAGACACACAGCAUCCAAAUACCAAAAUAUUAUAAAUAUAUCUGUUUCUUCAUCAGUUUGGGUAACAUUUAAUUGUCUCACAUGUUUGAUAUUUUUUCUACUUCCUUCUUCAUUUAUUUCCCCUCUCUUUCUCUUCACACAAACACACGUCACUAUUUGUGAAUCGGUGUUUUGUGCAGAAGAAGAAAUUAAUAGACACAUAAAACUUGCAGUUUCUGCCACAUUUUUUAACUGGAUGUCACAUAAACCCUAAAUACAGAAAGCAUUAAAACUUUUCCCCUCAGGACUCAAAGAUACUCAGGACCGGCUGACUGGUAACUUCCAAGAAAUCUAGAUCAGUUCCCAGUACUUCCUGUUUGUUUGUAAAAUCUGACUCACCAGCUUCACGUCAUUACCAGUUAGAUUUGCAGAAAUACUAAACUUUGACUCCAGGAAUGUUUCGGGUAAAAAAAAAUAAAUAAUCCAAAGAUAGAUUUAUGUUGACACAGAAAAGCCUCAUUUCCAAUCAAUGUCUGUGUUGUAAACCAUCUCAGGGUAUGGAGGACCUUUGAAAGACAUCCCUCCAGAGAAGUUCAACAGCACAGCUGUGCCAAAGUCCUACCAUUCGCCCUGGGAGCAAGCCAUCAUCAACACCCCCAGCCUGGCUGACACUCUCAUCACCUGCAUGCCUGCACCUGAGCCCAAAACAGACCUGCCAGGGUUCAAAAGCUUCAACAGGUACCAGUAUUCAUAAGAAUAUCAAAGUUUUAUUCUUUUACUGCCAUUAUCUGCUAAUCCAACAAUUGACAUCUUCUCUCAUGAAAACAAAGAAAUAAACAUGAAACUCCUUUCACUGUGUCAACAACAGAGUAGCAACUCCAUUUGGUGGCUUCGGCAAAGCCCCCAAACUCCCACCCAUCAAGUCCCCCAAGGUGGAACCCCUCCCUGACUUCCCAGAGCUCCAGGCGGACACAACAACCAGUCGACCUUCCUUCAACAGAUCGGCUCUGGGGUGGGUGUCAGCGGGUGAUCCUAUCUCCGUCUCAACAGUUUCUCUUGAGCCUGUGCUCAUCCCUGAGUCAGAAGACCUUUGA